AUGUCCGAUCACAGCGGUUCCGUGUUUAACAACAACUGUUUAAAACUGCCCCGAAACCCCAAAAGCAACCACCCUCUGGCCGUCUACGAACAAAAAUACUUAAACCAAUUGCAAAACGAAGCCACCAAACUGACUCUAGAAUCGUCGAAUGAAAUCGACAUGAAAUCUACAUCUUCCAAAGACAAAGAUCCAGUGAAAUCGUAUCUAGAAUUCUACGAUAGUAUCCCAGAGUACGACGACUUAAACCACCUCUCGAACAAAGAGUUCUACAAGCGCAUAGAACUCCUGAAAGAGAAGCAAAAAACCUACAGCGACUACGUCCAACACGAAACGAAAUACACAGACAAAAACCCCGAAUGGCUGGAAGAAUACAAAGACUACGCGAAGAAGAAGUUCGUAGAUGAGAAAAAGAAAACAUUGAAACCGUUCUGCGUGACCCCGAUUCUGAGCAAAAGUCCCAAAGAUGGCGAGUCGCUUUCGGGUGAUCUUUCUCUAAAGCCACCAUCGCGAAGAUCGGUGCGAAUCGAAACCCCGAGUGAUAAGUUAUCACCAGGAGAUACGCCGUCUGAGUUGUUUAGAAGAGCCAAAUCCAGACUACCUUCGGCUAGUUCGAAAGGUCAAGACGACUGGGACAAUUUUAGUAUCGACGAGUAUAAGCUAGAUCUAGAGGAGCAGUCGCCUGUGCAGUCAAAAAGCGCCCCUAACAGCCCAACCAAAAGCAAACCCAGCGUGGGUUGGAAAGACAACGGGAUAACCAUUCCAAAACCGUUCGAAAUGACGGUGAAGGAUGAAGAAAACAAGAUAAUAGAUGAAGUGGUGGCACAAAAUAAACCCAAAAUCCAGAAACCGGAGAUGUUCAAAGCCCAUCCGGUUCCGAUAGAGUCGCAGAUUCCUCUCUUCGACAGAAUCAUGGAAGAGCAGGAGAUAAAGAAUCGUAUAGUGCGCGAACGCAGCAAAGCCCUUCUACAAGCUCAAAUGCGCCCUUUUUCUUUCACCAGACGCGACGAAGAAAUCCAAGAAAUCCAGAAACUAAGCAAGGGAUUGUCUAAAUCGUCCCCUAGUCUCUUCCUAGAUGACCCUCCGAUUAAAGUGCAAAAAUUCAAAGCAAAACCGAUACCGAAGAAUUUGUUCAGUAACUACAUUUAUAAGAAGAUGCACGAAGAUGAGUUCUACAGGGCUCUUCAGAAGAAGAUUCGUGCUGAAGAAAUGCUUCGUGCUGCUUCUUUACCACCAUCUAUGGCGAAAAGAGAACGAACCACGAAAAAGUACGAUGUUUGUCCGCGUUCGUACCGAGAUGUUGCUGAUAAUAAACCGAAGAAAACUAAGAAUUCGUACAAGUUUGAGCACGACCGCUACGAGAAAGAACUAGAGGAGUUGAAGAACGAGUUUCUGGGGCUCAGUCCGCAACCAAAGUCUAAGAGUAGAAGACACGAGAAGAAACAGAAGAAGAAGAACUACAGGAAUGCUUCAGCUAGUAGCACCGAUAGUAGGACACCUUCGUCUUUGGAAUUUCAGUCUCUUAACCGCUCGAACUUGGCGGCUCUUUUACGAGUGCAGUCCGCCCGUAAGAGACUGGAGAUGGAGAUGUGCAAGAAGCUGGAGGAGGCAAAAUUGAAGGAGGAGGCUCGUUGGAGGGAAAAACUGAUGCGGAAGAAACCGGUGUGGCAGUCUUUGGCUUACAGUCACGAGGAAGAUUUAGCCAUGAGGUUGCAACUGCGAAGAGAUGAAGAGAAGUUGCGUAGCGAAGAACACAGGCUGAGGAUGCAGCUAAUGUUGGGUAGAGUAAAUCGACAACCUACUCUUUUUGAACGCCAGUCUCAAGUGAAGUAUCCCAAAACUAGAGAUGAGCUUCUGGAUACGUUGUACACCGAGUAUAAGUCUAGAAGGAAUCAGAAGAGAAGCGUUAGCGACUUAUCCGACGUUCGUUCUUUACCGGAGUUGAAGGAUGCAGCCAUUCAGGCUCUUCUGGAACAAGACUCUUUAAACUCGAAAGAAAGCAUACAGGAAGAAAAGGAGAAGGAUGAAAGUCUGAGUAGUGAAGAUACUAAUUAAACCCAACACAAUAUAUUAAAAAAAAAUAAAGAAAUAACAAUCAGUCUUAAAAAAUUGUUUCUUCUAGCCACUGUAGAUAUUUGUCUACUCGUGUGUACACAGUGGGGAGGCUCGGGUUUCCACAGGUCAGAGUGGAAGCGAAAGAGACUAUCCCG